GAAAAACAGUAAGUGAAGACUUUCACACGUAAACAAACUGGUUUUGCCAAAAGUCUGCUUAUGGCUUUUACAAAUGAAACAUGAGAGAAGAGAGAAAAGGCUGUCGUAAGUGUUGACAUUGAAAAUCUUUGAAGACAUGUUUUGAAUUAAGUGAAAGCUUUCCUGACUAUGUGAUGAACUUACACCUGCUUCCUGUAGUUCUGUCAUUGGCAGUCAUCCUAUCUGUCACACUCUCCCAGGACCUGGUCUCAAUCCAGUUUAAGUCAGAUCCAGUCCUGGUGCAGACUGGCACCGAUGCAGUCUUCACGGUGGUCACAGUGUCCCAGGUGUUUUCCAUCACAUGGGGAUACCCAGGUGGGGUGACCCCCCUGGGGCUGUGGGUGGGGGGCAGUGCGGUGCUCAACACUGUGACCCAGUACCAGGGCAGGGUCACCAUCACAGCCACUCAGCUCCGCAUCAGCAGUGCCCAGCUGGGAGACGCGGGGAACUACACGGUGCAGGUGGACCCCUCGCCCACCACGGGCCUGGCCCAAAACUCAAGGUUCAUACAGCUCAGGGUAUUCGAUGCAGUGGAUGGCGUGACUAUGUUUGUGCCAUCAGUGGCUCUGGAGGGGGGCAAUGUGUCUGUGCGCUGUACCUGGACCAAGGGGACAGAAACCAGUGUGAUGUGGGGUAAAGGGGGCUCUGUUCUCACCUCGAACUCCAGGGUCACUAUCAAAGGGGGCGACCUGGUGAUCAACCCGGCCAGGAGGGGAGACGCCGGGGUCUACACCUGCACCGUCGCUAACCUUGUCAGUGCUCAGACUGCCUCGAAGACCCUCACAGUUUACUAUGGUCCCGACACCCCCGUGCUGAGCAAUGAUUCUCCGGCAGACUGUGUGGGAGGAGGAGCGGAUGCAGUGCUAGGCCAGACGAUCCGUCUCACCUGCGUGUCCGGCUCCCUGCCCCCCGCCACUUUCUCCUGGCAAUACAAUAACGAACCCGUGGCGUCUGGACAACCAGACAGUGGCGUGUUCAGCCUCCAGACCUUCUCCACCAACCAGAGCGGCCAAUACAAGUGCGUGGCUAGCAACGCCAUCACGGGCACCACGUCGGAGCAGGGAACGGACCUGGCCAUCGUGGGCACAUGCCUCAGUGCAGGGGCAGUGGCUGGCAUAGUGAUUGGCUGUGUGGUCGCUCUGAUCUUAAUCAUCAUAGCCAUCGUACUCCUGGUGCGCUGGAGGAGAGUUGACCGAAGACAGCAGGCCACAGGACAAAAGAGAAACCCAGAACUCAUGCUUACACCCCCAGAGCCCCCUCCACCUGGUACCCGGACUUUAGGCAGAGGCCAGCACUCUGUCCCACCCGAUGGCCGCGAAAACACACACACACCGCCACGCGACACUAACACACUUCAACACAAUGGCCAUGCCAACAGCAAUGGGUUCCCACACAAUGCCCAACAUCAGAAUGCCAAUUCAUUUCCACAAAAUGCCACCACGCAGGACCACAACACUUUCACACACACUGCUGCACCUCAGAAUGCCAACACACUCAACACCCUCCCACAGAUAACUCAAAACCACCCGAACAAUCCAAACAUUCUCAUACAAGCGGGUUCUACUCAGGUUGGUGUUAACCUUAACACACUGCCACACAACCAGGAAAAUAGCAACGCACAGCUACCCACGGUUCACGUCAAUCUCAAUUCCUAUCCAACUAAUGGUCAACAACCCAACCAACAGUCACAGCAACAAUUUACAAGCCCACAGGACAGUACAAUGCAGCGGAGUGCCAUCAAUGUAGCCAACAGUGCUAGUGCUCUUCAAGUUCAAAAUAACAACCCACAAACGUUCACACAGACUGGACAGUCAUACACCAAUCCCAGGAUGCAAAUUGGCUUGUCAUAUCCUGGUGAUCCUUCACAGGUUGACCACAGUGACUUAGACACUGGUCCUCAAGUCUCUACAGGUCCUGUUCCUACUGGUUACACACACCGUGGUCGAAGUCACACUCUUCAGCGAAACGCCAACACGCAGACCUACCAGAUGGACCAGGCUACUGAUACCCAGCCUAGACACUCCGACCCAGCAGCGGCCAGUUCUGUGCCACGUGAUGACAGUCAUGCCACAUCAAGUGCCAGCUCACACCGCCAACAAAUGCCUUGGGACCGUCUGAGGGGCACCCCGGCGUACCCCAACAACUCCCCCAGAAGGGUACAGGCUUCCCGCGACAGCAGCUACAGCUCUGAUAGCACAGAGUCUCCGUCCCAGGCUACACGAUUUCAACCACACACCCGAAGGAGUGGGCCAGGAGCACAGAGCCAGAGCCCCCCACAGAGCCGAUCUACACCCAGGAAGGCUGCACCGACGGCGGGCAGACAGGCCCAGAACCUCCCCCACACUCAUGGGACAAACAAUCAGCCUGGGGCUCCGAGCCACACACAGUCACAUAUCAGUCCUCAUGCACGCGAUACACCAAGGCAGAGAGCCCGGCAGGAUGUCAGAGCUCAGUCCCAGAUCACAGCUCAGACCGCUUCUCAAAGCCAGACUGGCCCCAGGCAACAAAAUACCUCACACAGCCACCACAACCCCCAGCCGCAACAACAGGGACCAGGUGCUCCACAGGGACUAAUAACCAACAUGCCCCGAGGCACCACGCUCGACACUCAAGCUCUCGCCAAUCCAAAUCACAUCCCACAGACACAAACCGGGAUUCAGUAUGGUAGGGGAAACACACCUAUGAUACCGCAGCCCACACAAGACCAGAGACAGACAGCAACACAAGGUUGGGGUGCAAUAACACAGCCUGUUACACAGGACCCCAGUAGCCUCACUCAGACGGCUCUGGAGAUGCACACACUGACGACCCCUAACCCUUUUCACAACCGUAACCACCAGACACAGGCCGCCCUGCUCAACACCCAAGCUGAAUGCCGUAACCCUGGGCACAAGCGGCCCCCCACGCCCCCUCCCGUGAUCCCUCUGGCUCAGUUCCAGACUAUUCCCAGAGAACGCACCCAGCACCAGUCUCCAAACCGGGGCCCCACUGGCCCUCUCAGGCCCCCAGUCAAUGUACACACCGCACAGAGACACCCCAACGCCCACCCGCCCCACAGACAUCCCAGCGCUACCAUACCGGCCAACCUGCACUCAGGAAAUGGCCACCACGUGCACGCUGAUAACACCCACAGGCACGGUCAACAUGCUCAACGUGCCCACCCACGCCAGCAGACCCACCAAGGGAGGCCUAGACACUGAGAGAUGCCAAUUGACACACACACACCAGAAACUGACAAGAGGAGAAACACAAGCAUGGAUAACUAUGGGAGCCCUACUCUAAAGCAAUAGAGACCAAGCAAAAACACAUGUAUGCGCGUACACACACACCCACUCACACUCUAUCACACACACUUCCCGCAGUCGACUCCCCCUGCCUGUCAAGUGUAUGUUAUCUGUUGAUUUUCAACAGUACCAACAAUGAGUCACUGGAAAACCACACUGAUGUGUUCUUUCUGAUGCACCAUUUAACCAAAUAGUAGGAAUGAGAAAAGGGCCUUAUUGAUGGCGAGACUCUCCAGGCUGUGUGUACGUGGCCUCUCCCAUUCAGCGUGUUCAGAGAGAGAAUGAGCCACUGCCACAACAAUGAGGACUUGUUUCCAUUCAUAUCUGUGUGUGUGUUGCUCCUUGUGACUAGAAUAAACAGUAAAAAGGAAAGGAAAAGAGGACCCUUGCUGGAUGGAUUCCAAUUGAUUGAAUGGACUUGGCCCCUGGGAACUACUGUGUGAAAAUUCUGAAGGAAAAAACCCCUCUGUGACUUGUUUUAUUUAAUAUUUCCAUGGAAGUAUUUAUGUGGUGACUUUCUGUUUACAGAUGCUUCUCUUGACACCACUCAAUUAAGGGGAUUCGCCUCGGCGCCUGGGCUUCGGAAGCAAUGUUCAACUAACUAUGAAGGAGACCCCACAAAUGGAUGGGCCGCUUAUUAAUUAAGCGCUUUUAUGCGACUUAAAUGACUCGGAAAAUAAUAGCGCCCAUGCGUGGAGGAGGUCAGCACAAAGAAGCUGCUGAGCUGCAACAUUUUCCCCGACUAAGCAAAGCAAAACAAUUUGCUCCGAGACUACAAUGGUCUUUUGUGUGGGGGACUGGCACAUUAAAAGUGAUCUCUUUUGGAAGGAAUCUUAGUUUUCUUUCGAAACAAAAUCUGUAUUUAAUGUUUUUAUUUUUCUGUCACGUGGUAAAUAUGUUGGUACUGCCAUUGCGAUAUGUGUCUUUGUGACUCAGGGAGGCUGUUUUAUACUAAAAUAUAUGUUCAAUGUGAAUACAGAAUAGAGGAUAAAUAAGGUUUUUAAAGAUUAGGGGUCUCCAUUGAACAUGCUUUUCAAGACCACUAUGUUUUAUUGAUGAUGAUAAAGUAUUUUGAUUGCCCCACGUGGUGUCUUGUGAAUGUCGAUCAUUAGGAGGAGUUUAUUUACAGGAAAAUACUGUAUGUCAGUGUAUUAUAUGACAUUAAUUUUGAUAUAAUGUUACCUACUGGUAUAAUCUUAACUUCCUACUGGUAUAAUCUUAACUGAUUUUGAAAUCAUCUUGGCCUCCAGGCAUUCUGAUCAUCUUCAGCGGUUACAAAUAUUCCCAGAAUAUUGUAUUUACUAGACAGUUUUUAAGUUGAAGAAUCUGCACUGUAAAAAGGUCCCUUCUUAAUUACAGCACCAGAGUUGCCAGAUGAAUACAGUAAUUUUGCUUUACAGCAGAGAUUUUCCUUACUGUGAAACCUAUUACUGUAUUCCUGCUGUAAAUUUGGGCACAUGAUUCCAUGGCAGAAUUUACUGGAUGAGUCAUGGUUGAUAGAGUGAAUAAGCCUACUGAAUCUCAAGCCGUAUCUUAGAGCAAUAACAAUGAGGAAGAUAUGUUGAUCUCUGCUUUCAGGACUAAGAAUAGGAGAAAGUCCUUUAGAGAAACGAGUGGCUGUGUUGACCUUUUGAAUCCUGUUUUGUAUGUGCGGACACUCGGUGAGUAAGACAUGUUAAAUUGAAUAAAAUACUGUUACAUUUUGCUGAGUAUGCAGACUCCCUUGGGGAGUUGUUGAUUUUCCACAUUAGGGAAAUGUAUGUCUGUUUCCUCAGCUUGUUAUGGAGGAAUUAGGAGUUUCUGGCUUGCUGCUCUAUCAGUCCCUCAGCACAGCUCCCACUUGUGAGUACAUCAAAUACAGCCCUGCUCCACAACUGCUAAGGUAGAAGGACUUUGUACUGUUGAGUAAUGGCAGAAAACAUAUUAUAGUUAUCCUCCAAAGCUUAAACGACUGUCUGUUAUUCCAAAGUGAUGGGAAUAUGUCACGUAGGAAGACUCCAUGCUGAUACUGCUCCUUUCCAGAACGCAAUUUGCAUGUACAUUGAACGUGGUUGUUUUUCUCUCCAUCCAUGAUUUACUGUGUUUGCUGCAGCAAAUUUUCAUUGUUUAUGUUUCACAUUGGGGCAAUAAAUUAGCGUACGAAACAAGGCAACAGCAGUGGAUGUGUAAAAUCAGCAUUUUUGUUGUGAUUAAAUUACAUACUGGUGUG